UUGGCCAGGGUCACAAGAUUAGUAAGAGUUUGAGCUUAAAUUUGAACUCAGGUCUUCCUGAUUCCAGAUCCAGCGCUUGAUCCACUGUACCACCUAGUUUUUCCUAGUAUAGUGUACUGAAAAGAGUUCUGGUCUUAAUCUGAGAAGACCUAAGUUUGAGACCUCAUUCCACCACUAACCGUCUUCUCUUCAGCAAAUUACAGAAUUCUAGAGAUUGAAGAAACCUCAGGAAUAGAAUUAAAUUGUUUGAGUGCAAAGACCAGCUUACUCUUGAUUUGUAUCCCUAGUGCCUAGUGCAGUGUCUGGCCCAUGGUUGGUAUGUUGAUUUAUUAGCUUCAUUGUACAGAAGACAAGACUAGAGCCCAGAACUUCUUGACUGCAAUCAGUAGCUUUGGAAGCACAGAAUUGGGGAUCCGUCUGCUUUUGAGCUGCCUUUCUUCACACUGCCGCAUUGUUCUGUCUAAUGUGCUACAAGGAUGAGCCCAGCAUUCGGAGCUAUGGAAGUGGAGCACUAUGCCAAGGGAGUUCUGCUGGAACCUUUUGUUCACCAGGUGGGAGGUCACUCCUGUGUCCUCCGGUUUAAUGAAUCAACCAUCUGUAAGCCCCUCAUCCAGAGGGAACACCAGUUCUAUGAAACCCUCCCGACAGAAAUGCGUAAAUUUACUCCCCAGUAUAAAGGUGUUGUAUCAGUAAGCUUUGAAGAGGAUGAAGAUGGAAACUUAUGUUUAAUAGCAUAUCCAUUAAAAGGGGACCAUGGUAAUUUAGACAGUAUAGAUAAUUCAGACUGCGAACCCAAAAAUAAGCUCUUAAGGUGGGCUAACAAAAAGACUCAUUUACUAGAAACGGAGAAGAUCACCAAGGAGUGGGUCCGACAGCACAGAAAAGAGGAAAAAAUUAAAAGUCAUAAGUUAGAAGAAGAAUUUGAAUGGUUAAAAAGCUCAGAAGUCUUGUACUACAGUUUAGAGAAAAAGGGGAAUGUGAGCUCACAGAUGAAACACCAUAACCCGUGGAGUAUGAAAUGUCACCAGCAGCAGCUACAGCGCAUGAAAGAAAAUGCCAAACAUCGGAACCAGCACAAAUUUAUCUUACUGGAAAAUUUAACCUCUCGCUACCAAGUACCCUGUGUCCUGGACCUGAAGAUGGGAACCCGGCAACACGGGGAUGAUGCAUCUGAGGAGAAGAAAGCUAACCAGAUCCGGAAAUGCCAGCAGAGCACAUCUGCAGUCAUUGGAGUCCGUGUGUGUGGGAUGCAGGUCUACCAGACAGGGAGCGGCCAGCUCAUGUUCAUGAACAAGUAUCACGGGAGGAAGCUCUCUGUCCAGGGAUUCAAGGAAGCCCUCUACCAGUUUUUCCAUAAUGGCAGGUACCUACGCCGAGAACUCUUUGAGCCUAUCAUAAAGAAACUGACAGAGCUGAAAUCUGUGUUAGAAACCCAGGAGUCCUAUCGAUUCUACUCCAGCUCCCUGCUUAUCAUCUAUGAUGGCAAGGAGCUGCCAGAGGUGGCUGUGGACUCAGACCCGGAGGACCUGGAGGAUCUGUCUGAGGAGUCGUCCGAUGAAUCAGCAGGAGCCUACGCCUACAAACCAGCCAUCGGCACGGUGGACAUCCGCAUGAUAGACUUUGCCCAUACUACCUGUAGGCACUACGGAGAGGACAGCAUUGUGCAUGAAGGCCAGGACACAGGCUACAUUUUUGGACUUCAAAGCUUAAUAGAUAUUAUUACAGAAAUAAGUGAUGAGAGUGGGGAAUAAACCAUUUGAACGCAUACCUGUUUGCAGAGAGCACUGUUGCGACUCUUUGUAUUCCAGAGUAUUGGCUGCUCUGGGUUGGGGAGGAGCCCCAGGGAGUGUAAGGGAGGGGCCACUGGAGCUCACAAACCUUGGAGUCUUUAUUUAUUUUACCUAUUUCUUAAACAUUCCAUAUUUGAUGAUGCAGAUACCUCUUUUCUUCCCUGUGUGUAUAUGUUCCAAUAAAACAUUUUUGUUCAUUGUAAAUAUGCGGCUGUCAUUCCUGGUGGGGUGUUUGUAUUAUUAGCAGCUCCCCAGAAACUGUGGAGUAUAGUUUUGAAUUACAUCAGGGUAAGAGCAGACAUGUCUCAUCAACAGAGAUUACUCUCGGAACUCUGAGCCCAAUAAAAUAUAAGACAGAACAGUAGUAGUUCCCCACUCAGGAGAACUUAGCUUGGGCCCUGAGACACCUAAAGUGAAUCAUGUGGUAAUUAUUCCAGGUUUCCUUUCUUUGCCCCUCCUACUAUCUUGGGGUUUCCUUGCCCAUAAAGUUUUGUGGGAUGAACCUAAAAACCUAAAGCUGAGAUGUCAAAAUCAGUACCUUGUGUGGUCCGCACUACUCCCGUAUGCAGCCCAAACCGAAUGCUGAAAUGUAAUUGGGAAAUAUUCAACAAAAUAAAAUAAAAAAAAAAGAAUGCUACAUUUUAAGACUAGUCACUUUAUGGCCCACAGGGAUCCUUAUGUAAUUUAGUGGCCCCAGUUUCUAUUCCUGAGAGGGUGUUUUAAUUCUUAGGUAAUUUGCAUAUUUGGGACUUCCCAGUAUAACCCUUGCAGAAAUAGAUCAUGUACCAUUGGGAUAAGGAUUGGUGGGGUUAGCCCGAGGCCUGAGCUAAGAUGCUGUGUCACUGUUCAUUAUUCCUCUUGAGUCAUUUAGGUCCCCCUAAUGAUAAAAGCUAAUAUUUCCCUGGUACUUCCUAGUGGGCCAAUAAGCACUUUCCUCCUAACCCCGGGAGGCUAAGUAGCACCAGAAUUACUAGCUUCAUUUUACAAAAAAACAGUAACUCAAAAUAAGGCAGCCAAGGCUCUUCUGCCUCCAAGUUGAGUAUUCUUAAUACCUGUAUCGUGUUUCUACCUUGCAAGAGGUCUAAGAGAUAGGAAACAGGGAGAGUUAAAGAAAUCUGUUCCCAACAUAUGUUAAGUGGGAGAUAGAGGUAGCUUGUGAAACCUUAUCCAGGGUAAUUUUUUGCAGAACCCAAAUGACCCUACACUUGAAAAUAGAACUUUCUCAGACAAUUCAACUACUUAGAAAUUGCUCUUUUUCCUUGUUCCACUAAUCAGAAAUCUUAAGAAUAUUAUUUUUUCUCCUAUUCGUUCCAAAACCAAAGCACAAGUAUUCAAGUUAAUUGGGCCUAUGGCUGUAGCCUGACUAAAUCAAAAGAUUUAUGUAAAGUUGGAAGGAACCAGAGAUCAUCUAGUUCAAUGUUAAUUCCAGGUUUUUGACUAUUCCCUUAGCAGUAAAACAUUUUUGACCAUCUGCCACUAAUAUAUAUGUUUAUUUAUUAAAGUGACACAUAAGUAUUAACGUACUAAUAGUUGUAUAAGAGGUGCACAAAAAUAGAAGCCAAAUGAGAUAAAAGUAUUUAAUACAAAAAAAUUUUUGCUUUCACCAAUUAUAGUUUUACAUGAAAGCACUAUGGACAAUAUACUUCGUUGUAGGAAAUCUUGGUGGUUUAACCCUAGGAUAGAAUAAUUUAAAGGUCUAGUUCUAAGUUUGACCUAUUCUGAUUUUUAGUUUUAAUAGCUAUCAUUUUUUGGGAAAAAAUACAGACAUACAUAGAUCCAAAUGGAAGAAACACAUUCAUUGCUGCUGUAGCUACCAAAUCAUUUUGAGCCCAAUCCAAUUAUACUAAGGUUUUUGGUAAAACUUGGGUUACUGAAUCCCUCAUCUUGUCCUAUGUCCAUCUUUGUGUUUUUAUAUUUUAACAAAAGAGCUCAAAACUCAAAACUCUUCAUCUAAAAGACUGAAAUAGCUUAUAAAAUUCUUUGAGGCUUUUCAUGUUCAGAGUUUUUGUAGGCAACAUGCUUUUACAUUAUUAACAAAAGUGUAGUUUUACAACAUCUUGCUAAUUAUGAGAACUUCAUAGUAUUAGUAAAUAUCUAAUGAUAUGGUAUGUGCUUAGUCAUAAUUGUUAAUGAUAAUGGAUAUAAAUCCAUUUUUCAAAUCUUGUUAAUUUUGGUUUGAGGUAUUAGAUCUGGUGAAAUUGUCAUUGAUUUUUAACCUCAUAAUAAAGUGUCGGCUCUGCCCUUA